AUGGCGACAGUACGGCCAAUGCGCCCAACCGACCUCCUUCGAGUAUCUCAAUGCAACCUCGACCACCUCACAGAAACAUACAACAUCGGUUUCUACCUCGAGUACCUGACAAAAUGGCCCGAGCUAUGCCAGAUAAUAGAAGGCAUGGACGGCGAGAUUGAAGGCUAUAUCCUAGGCAAACUCGAAUCCUCGCCCUUCGACCCCCCGAUAAAACCCUAUAAGCCCUCCACAACCGGCGUCCAAUACCCCAACUACCUCCCCUACCACGGCCACAUCACCGCGCUCACCGUCGCCCCCUCCGCGCGCCGCCUCGGCUACGCAACCGCGCUGUCGUCUGCACUCGAACAAUCGUCCGACGCGGCCAACGCGUGGUUUGUGGAUUUGUUUGUCAGACGCAGCAAUGAGAUUGCGAAGGAACUGUAUCGCAAGAUGGGGUAUAGUGUUUAUCGGGUUGUCAAGGAUUAUUAUAAUGAUGGCGAGGAUGCGUUGGAUAUGCGGAAGAGUUGUAGUAGAGAUGAGAAGGGGGAGUGUGUUAGGAAGGAUGGGGAGGAGUGGGAGGUGGGGGCUGAGGACGUUUGGUGA